UCUACUGCCAAAGUCAUCUGUGCUGAGUUAGAGUGUGGGACUGCAGUCUCCAUCAUGAAAAGUGCUCACUUUGGAAAAGGAAAUGGACACAUCUGGGAUACAGAAUUCCAAUGUAACGGAAGUGAACCGCUUCUGUCAUUGUGCCCCACAGUACCACUUCCACAGGGAAAAUGCAGUCACAGCAUGGAUGUUGGAGUCAUUUGUUCAAAGUACACAGACUUUCGUCUGAUGAAUGGAAGCUCCCAAUGUGAAGGAAGAGUGGAGAUCCGAGUUCUGGGGACCUGGAGAACUCUCUGUGACUCCCACUGGGACCUGGCAGAUGCCAACGUUCUCUGCCGUCAGCUCAACUGUGGUGUUGCCGUGGAGCCUCCAGAAGAUGUGUAUUUUGGCAAAGGAAGUGUCCUGGUCAUAGGGGAUACAUUUUAUUGCACAGGCACUGAGUCUCACUUAUGGAAUUGUUCUGUGAUUAUUCUGGGGACUUCUCCAUGUUCCAAAGGAAAAACUGCUUCUGUGAUCUGUUCAGGAAACCAGACACAGUCCCUCAUAAAGUUGGACAAUCUGAAGAAACCUUUCUCUUUCUUGGGGAAAACAGGAAAUUAAUCUGAAUUUCUCCUUGUAGAAAAUGGACAGCUUCGUCUGUUGAACGGAAGAGGUCCCUGCUCUGGAAGAGUAGAAGUCUAUUACAAUGGUACCUGGGGGACCAUCUGUGAUGAUUCUUGGGAGCUGAGCGAUGCCCACGUGGUGUGCAGGCAACUGGGCUGUGGAGUGGCUCUCAAAGCCAUGGUCUCUGCUCACUUUGGACAAGGAUCAGGGCCCAUCUGGCUGGAUGAGCUUAGCUGCUCUGGAAACGAAUCCCACCUAGGGGAGUGCCCUUUCCUCCAUUGGGGUCAGCAUGACUGCAGGCACAAAGAGGAUGCAGGAGUCCUCUGCUCAGAAUCCCUGGAUCUCAGGCUGAAGAGUGUUGGCCAUAAGUGCUCUGGGUGGCUAGAGGUUUUCUACAAUGGAACGUGGGGUAGUAUUUGCUCCAACUCCUUGGACUACGACACUGUAUCAGUGAUUUGCAGACACCUGAAAUGCGGUGGCAAGGGAAAUAUUGAAACAUUGCCUAGCCCCCCAAAAAGUUUGCAGGCCCGGUGGAUAGACAAAAUCAACUGCCAAGGUCAAGAAUCCUUCCUUUGGCAUUGUCCUUCUCAAUCUUGGGACCAGAAAUCUUGCGACCAGGGAGACGAAGCCUUUAUCACAUGUGAAGAAAGGAAGAUCAUUGACUGCCCGACCUCUGGUAACUGCACAGACACAGACAAACUCCGACUCAGGGGAGGAGAGACCCCAUGCUCUGGACGAGUGGAGAUCUGGCACAAUGGCUCUUGGGGGACAGUAUGUGAUGACUUAUGGGACCUAGCAGAUGCUCAUGUGGUUUGUCAGCAGCUGGGUUGUGGCUCUGCUGUGGUUCCCCAGGGAGGGGCUGCAUUUGGCCCAGGAAAUGGGAUCAUUUGGCUGGAUGAUGUACAGUGCAGAGGGAUUGAGUCCUCUCUGUGGGAUUGCCCUGCAAGGCCUUGGGGGCAGAAUGACUGUAAGCAUGAGGAGGAUGCUGGUGUGACAUGCUCAGUUGAGAAGACAACAUUGCCAUCUACCACAAAAGGAUUAAUCACUAGGACAGUUUCUGCCUCUUUGAACUCUGGCACAUUCUCUCUGCUUGGGAUCCUCUGCCUCAUCUUAGGGGCCCUCCUCUUCCUGGUCCUCAUCCUCCUAGGGAUUCAGAUGCACAGAGGGAGAAUCCAGCAACAAGCUUUGUCCAGAUAUAGGGAUUCUCUUUAUGAAGCCGUGUACGAAGAGAUUGAUUACUACCUGACAGGGGACAAGGAGGACCUUCUGAGCAGCCCAGAUAUCUCAAGUCAGCCUGAUGAUACACCAGGUGAUGGGUAUGAUGAUGCUGAAGAAUUAUCUGGGCCUGAAAUUCCCCCUGUCACCCAGAUGAAUGAGGAGGUUACUCUGGGGCCAACCAAUGAAUGGGAUGAGUACAGGGCAUCACACACAGACACAGACAAACUCCAACUCAGGGGAGGAGAGACCCCAUUCUCUGGAUGAGUGCAGAUCUGGCACAGUGGCUCCUGGGGGACAGUAUGUAGUUACUUAUGGGACCUAGCAGAUGCUCAUGUGGUUUGUCAGCAGCGGGGCUGUGGCUCUGCUUUGGAUGUCAUGGUCUUUGCUCACUUUGGACAAGGAUCAGGGCCCAUCUGGCUGGAUGAGCUUAGCUGCUCUGGAAAUGAAUCCCACCUAGGGGAGUGCCCUUCCCUCCAUUGGGGUCAGCAUGACUGCAGGCACAAAGUGGAUGCAGGAGUCCUCUGCUCAGAAUCCUUGGAUCUCAGGCUGGCGAGUGAUGACCGUAAGUGCUCUGGAUGGCUAGAGGUUUUCUACAAUGGAAUGUGGGGUAGUGUUUGCUCCAACUCCAUGGACUACAAUACUGUAUCAGUGAUUUGCAGACACCUGAAAUGUGGUGCCAAGGGAAAUAUUGAAACAUUGUUUCAUCCCAGAGAAAGUUGGAAGACCUGGUGGAUAGACAAAAUCAACUGCCAAGGUCAAGAAUCUUUCCUCUGGUACUGUCCUUUUCAAUCUUGGCACCAGAAUUCUUGCCACCAGGGAGAGGAAGCCCUUAUCACUUGUGAAGGAGUCCUUCUCCUUCUGGUCCUCAUCCUCCUAGUGAUUCAGAUGCAUAGAGGGAGAAUCCAGCAAAAAGGUGGGCAACCCAUGGGUCACCGAACAACAUGGGAAAGAGUGUGGCCCCAAAUACUUCCAACUGUGUUUGGCCCAGGAGUGGCUAAGUUUGAGCACAGAGCUUGUGUUAGAUAUGGGGAUUCUCUUUAUGAAGCCAUGUACCAAGAGAUUGAUUACUACAGGACAGGGGACAAGGAGGACUUUCUGAGCAGCCCAGAUAUCUCAAGUCAGCCUGAUGAUACCCCAGGUGAUGGGUAUGAUGAUUCUGAAGAAUUAUCUGGGCCUGAAAUUCCCUCUGUCACCCAGAUGAAUGAGGGGGGUACUCUGGGGCCAACCAAUGAAUGGGAUGAGUACAGGGCAUCACACACAGGUCAGUCUCCUAAGUUCUUUGGGGGAUCCUCUGACUCUAGGAUAGGAGAAGAUGACCCACCAAUGUCCUCUGAGGACCUGGGAUAUGAUGAAGCUGAGAUCGGUGUCCCAAAGAUGUCACUUUAA